CAUAGUACUUACCUAAUUCUGAAAUUUGAUUAAAACAAUUACACAAACCCUCUCUCCCACACGCCACAGUCCACACCGCCCCUCCCACACGCCACACCCGCCGCGCCACACUCUCACUCUCCUUCUUCCCACCGGCCGGCGACUCCUUCCCAGCAGCGGCGGCUGGCGACUCCUUCCCUUCCCAGCAGCCUGCGGCGGUUCCUAUCGGUUAGAACCGAACCGAACCGAUUCCUUCUCGGUUCCGGUUCUUCGUUUUCGGAAAAUUGGGGAGUCGGUUAACCGACUUUUCGGUUCUGUUACCGAACCGAUUCCCAAAGAAGGUUUGCAAAUAAAAUGAGUGGUGGUGAUGAGUGGAUUUUGAUAGAUUUUUGGUCAAGCAUGUUUGGAUCAAGGGUUAGGAUUGCACUUGCGGAGAAGGGGAUUGUUUAUGAGAGAAGGGAAGAAGAUUUUCCUAAGAAAAGCCGGCUUUUGUUGGAGAUGAAUCCGACUUACCACAAAAUCCCGGUUCUGAUUCACAACGGCAACCCUAUUUGCGAGUCUUGGAACAUCGUGCAGUAUAUCGAUGAAGUUUGUUGCUUCGCGCCGUUUCUCCUUCCUUGUGAUCCCUAUGAGAGAGCUCAGGCGAGGUUUUGGGCUCAUUUCAUUGACCACAAGCUACACACCGCAAGUAUAAAGACAAUGUCGUACAAGACGAAGGAAGAGUUGGGGGCUGCCGAGAAGGAGAUGGUCGAGCACCUGAAGCUACUCCAAGAUGAGCUUGGUGAGAAGGCUUAUUUUGGAGGGGAGGAAGUGGGAUAUCUGGAUGUGAUUUUAGGUGGAUUUUGCACCUGGUUUUCUAUAUAUCAAGACGUGGGAAGCUUCAGCAUCCUUGAUGAACUCCCUAAGCUCAUGGCCUGGGCUCACCGAUGCAUUGAGAGAUGGACCUUCUCCGAAUCUCUCCCCGACCCUGACCGACUUCGCAAUCUCGUGCAUAACUUCAGAAGACGCAAGGGCAUAGAAUGAAUUCAUGGAUCAAUCUGUAUUG